GAUCGUGUAAGAAAAGAAAUUUCUAACGUGAUGCAAAAAAAUGAUGGAAAGCUUACUAUGAAGGCAUUACAGAGUAUGCCAUACUUGGAGAUGUGUUUGAAAGAGUCGAUGAGAAUGUAUCCUAGCGUCCAUUUUAUAUCGCGUGAAUGUUCCGAAGAUGUAAAGUUACAUCCAUAUUUGGUGCCAAAAGGCACAACGGUACAUCUCCUUAUCUAUGAUCUUCAUCAUGAUGCUAAGAUUUGGCCGGAACCGGAGGUAUUUAAUCCAGAAAGAUUCUUACCAGAGAAUAUAAAGAAUCGUCAUCCUUAUUCCUAUUUACCAUUCAGCGCGGGACCACGAAAUUGCAUUGGUCAACGUUUCGCUCUGUUGGAGUUAAAAGCUCUGGUAGCUCCUCUGGUGUACAUGUUCUACUUAGAGCCCAUUGAUUAUUUGAAAGAUGUCCCAAUGAUAGCGCAUAUUGUACUACGUGCUUCACGUCCGAUUCGCAUGAAAGUCAUUCCAAUCAAACGCGUGUAGUCAUCUAAUAUGAAUACUGAUUGGUAAGAAAUAGUCGA